AUGGUGUUGGGAAAGGUAAAAAAGAUUCCGCUCAUAGCUCCAAGGCUUACAAAGGAACAGAAAAUGGAGAAGGAGCUUUUGAUAAAGAAGAAGAUAAACAAGCUAGCCAAUGCCAUCCGAAUCCCGCCUGCAAUCAACCAGUUUAAGACCUUUUUGUCCGAGGAUGAUACUAAAAAGUUCAUUAAUCUAUUUAUGAACUACAGGCCCGAGAAUAAGGAGGAGAAGAAAGCCAGGCUGAAAUCAGAGGAUCCGAAGAAGGGUCCUAAGCCUAUUCUUGUCAAGUUUGGGCUGAAGCAUGUGACAAAUCUAAUUGAAACCAAGAAGGCAAAACUUGUUCUCAUCUCUGCAUCUGUCGAUCCCAUUGAAGUUGUUAUAUUCCUCCCUACUCUGUGUAGAAAGAUGGGAGUGUCAUAUGCAAUUGUUGAAGAUUCUACGAUUCUUGGAAGGCUCGUCAACCUGAAGUCCACGUCAUGUGUUUGCUUAUGCGAUGUGAGACCAGAGGAUGAGGCGGCCUUCAAAGAAAUACUAGGAAUAGCAAAUGCAACAUUCCUCGAUAGCUAUGAAACCCAUCUGAGUACUUGGGGAGGAGGACCCAAAAAGCAAACAACUGGGGAGCAAUGA